GCGAUUCUAGGAUUUUCUCAACGGGGGGGCACUUUCUAACAUAAUGCGAUUUUCCGAAAAUGAGUCACAGCUGUUAAAUUCACGCCUCAUUUUGUCGCCUUUUUCAGAAAUAUGUGUGAUUAGCGGUUCUGGAUGAAUACUUUUGAAAUACAAUGAUGCGAAAACUUGAGUCCUUUGAAAUUCACACAUGUUAUUAACACUUGUUUUUUUGGCCGCAAAAUUCAGUAUAUAUUUGAACGCUAAAUUUACAAAAUCAUUCCAAUCAAAUUCACUUUCAGAGUAAUGUCUAAACGCAGUUCGACAACAAAUCCGUCACCGAGGUCAUCCUCAAAGAUUACGUCCUUCUUUGGUUUUUCAACUCCACAAGCAUCACAAUCCAGCGACCUAUCCCAGUCUCCCGUGACAGAAUCAGAUGUCGUGACCGAGAAUCAGCCUAGCACUUCUGGUACCCAACCUGCAGUCCAUGAGGCUUCAACGGACACCCCUGCUGACAUUGGUGUUUUUGUGGGCGAUCCUUCGUCAGCAACUGAUGGACAGAAAUAUGCUCUUCUGAAGACUCGACAAAUACCCGUUUUCCCCGGAAACAACUGGCCGCAUGAGACAAGAUCGGGAAAAAAGAGACACCUCAAUGCACGGCAUUUCGAGAUUCAUGGAUCGUGGCUGUGUUACUCACAUGAACCAGCUGGACUGUUCUGCAAAGUCUGCCUGUUCUUCGCAGAUCGGGACGCGGUCAGACGACGAAAUGGCAGCACAGCGCCCGUGACCUUCAUCAACAAAGGAUGCACCCGAUACAGCAGGCUCACAGGCAGUGAGGGAUACUUCGACGCCCACUGCAACACAAACUACCACAAGGACGCCUCCCUGGUCGCAGUAGAUUUUAUCUACGCAUUCGAGCAUCCCGCCAAGUCAAUAGAUCAACAACUGGACAAACAGGUUCAUCAGAGAGUUGCAGAAAACCGGAAACGCCUCAAGCCCAUCGUCAGCACAAUUGUUUUUGCUGGUCGGAUGGGACUUCCUCUCCGCGGUCAUCGAGACUCUGGGUCGCUGACGGUUCCAGAGACGGUGGAAGACAUUGACGCCGAGUGUGGCAACCUGAGAGCACUUCUACAAUUCAGAGCGGUCAGUGGGGACGAAGACCUCAAAGAGCACCUGAUAUCCUGCAAGAAAAACGCUACCUACCUCGGCAUGCAGUCUCAGAACGAGAUCAUUGGGGCCAUCGGAGACCAGAUACAACAGACAAUCGUCAAGAAGAUCAAGAAAGCGAGGUUUUUCACAGUGAUCGCAGACGAAACAACUGAUGUGUCGCGCAAAGAGCAAAUGUCACUCUUUGAGUAG